CUUGCACAUAGUAAAAAUUUACCUGGCAGAAAUAAGUAUCGCAGUACGCAUUAGCCGGUAGCAGCGAAGCGAGAGAAAACGCACCUGAGCUCGCAGCUCUUGUUAUAUAACCAUUCGGAUCCGAGCAUCCAGUUCUAGGGUUUUCAAUAUCCGAUCACCAAUCACAAAACAAUGGCGAUGGCUGCUCUGAGACGAGAGGGGAGGCGUUUCGCCCCUUUGAUCUCUCCCCAUCCGAUGGCUGCCAUCCGAUCCUCCAUCGUCCCUGCCGAGGAGCAGGCCCCUUUGGGAGUCCGCUCAAUUUCAACUCAAAUCGUUAGAAACCGGAUGAAGAGUGUGAAGAAUAUCCAGAAAAUUACAAAGGCAAUGAAAAUGGUUGCAGCCUCAAAGCUACGAGCAAUUCAAGCUAAAGCGGAAAAUUCCCGUGGCCUGUGGCAGCCUUUCACAGCACUUCUUGGUGACACUCCCAGCGUCCAAGUUAAGAAGGACGUUAUUGUUACAAUCUCUUCAGACAAAGGUUUAUGUGGUGGGAUUAACUCUACUUCAGUCAAGAUAAGCAAGGCCUUAAACAAAUUGAAUUCUGGUCCUGACAAAGAGACAAAGUAUGUCAUUUUGGGGGAAAAAGCAAAGGCUCAAUUGAUACGUGACUCAAAGAAGGACAUUGUGCUGGUCCUAACUGAGCUGCAGAAGAAUCCUUUGAACUACACCCAGGUAUCUGUCCUAGCUGACGACAUUUUAAAAAAUGUUGAGUUUGAUGCUUUGAGAAUCAUCUUCAACAAGUUCCAAUCAGUCGUCGCAUUUCUGCCAACAGUGUCUACCGUAUUAUCUCCGGAGAUUGUGGAGAGAGAGGCUGAGUCUGGUGGAAAGCUUGGUGAGCUAGAUUCCUAUGAGAUUGAAGGUGGUGAAACAAAGUCAGAGAUACUCCAGAAUCUGGCAGAGUUCCAGUUUUCUUGUGUCAUGUUCAAUGCUGUGUUGGAGAAUGCUUGCAGUGAGCAAGGAGCAAGGAUGUCUGCCAUGGAUAGUUCAAGCAGAAAUGCUGGAGAGAUGCUUGAUCGCCUUACACUCACUUAUAACAGAACUCGUCAAGCAUCGAUCACCACAGAAUUGAUUGAGAUUAUAUCAGGAGCAUCAGCACUGGAGGGCUAGUAGUUUAUCUGAUGGUGACGAAAUAAAAUUGUGUUUUUGAAGUUUAAGAUAUUACCUUUGUGAGGCAUUUGUUAUUUCUAAUAAUUACUCCAGGGUCAAAUUCUGGAAACUAAGAAAUUAUAUCAAUGAUGGUUCAAAUUGAUGGCUCUGGGAUUCCUUUUUCUAUAUUAAGUUUAGCACUUGAGAAA